AUGGUGAUGCAGGUUUUCUCAAUGGCUCUCGAUCUGGUGUUUCACGGUUUCGUCCCGGAACUUUAUACACCCGCGUUCGUUCUGAAAUCUUAUGGGAUUUUAUACGAAGUGUUUCACAUCAAUGCAUUUAUGCUUUACGAACUGGGGGGCGCAUGUGCAUGGGGAAUCGUCUUUGGGACGAUCCUCUGCUUUCUCUAUCGACACCAAUUGGUGUUACCGCAAGGGCAUUGGGCACGCUUUCGAUCGUCAUCCUGGGCGAUAUUUCUCCUUUCACAUACAAUCUAUGUCGGCUUUCAUAUGUGGGCAGUAUAUGCGAUUCCAUUCCAGCAUCCACCAAAUGCAAGCGGAUUGCCAACGGUUCUCAAGAACUAUCCCGAUUUGGUAUGGAUUCAAUCUGAUGCGGAUGUGUGGAUUGGGAACUCGGCUGCCCCAUUGGCUCCUCCAUAUUUGAAUAUUCAAUGUGGUCAAGGAAUCAUUCUGAUCUUUCAAAUGUUUUAUUUUCUGAAAAAUGCGACGAGUUAUAUGAGUGAGAGGAUGAGAGCGCUGAAUAGACGAUUCAUCAACGCUUUGCUGAUUCAGGUUGGCGUUCCCGCUCUAACCAUCGCUUUUCCUUCAUUUAUUAAAGGUAUCAUUUCGCGUAUGGGAAAUCCGAUUUCACAAGAAUUCAUCAAUCUAACGCUUCUUUGUGCCAUGUUACACGGAAAGUUGACCUCGAUUCUCAUCAUCGCUCUCAUUCAACCAUAUCGACAAUAUUGUGUUCACAAGUUGUGGAAAAUAAUCGGUCUCACAAAACCCGACAUAACAAUCGUGACAUCAAAAACUGGA